AAAAAAUUGGGGACUCAAUGAAUGAAAUUAAAAAGCUACAGAGAAUCUGGUGUAAACUAAUGUGUACUUUACUGUUGGAAGAAAACUUCAAGAGGAAGCAAGUAUGAUAAGUUGAUGCUACUUUUUCAACGCUAUGACUAGCAAGUAGCAAACCUUGUUUUUCUUAAAGCUGCUUGUCUGAGCUCGUCUCUUUGUGCCGCGUCAAUGGUGUGGGUAGCGGUUCUCUGGAUCAUCUUUGUUAUAGUGAACGUACUCAUCAUCAUAUCCAAUGUAUUUCAGCUUGUGUUUCUAGCAGAGUUGGAGGAUAGGUAUAACUACAGGAACCCAUAUGAAACAUCAACUCUCAUUAAUAAUUUGGUAGUUUUUGAGAUGGUGCUCCAUGGCGUAUGUUGCGGCAUUUUCCUUGUGACAGGGCAUUGGUUCAUGUUCCAGCUUACAUUCACCUUUGUUAUAUAUAAUACUAUCUUAUUCUUUAAUGGACAACAUCUUAUUAAUGUAACUACGCAUUUCGGAUCCUUUAAGGCUAAAACGACGUAUCAAUUUGUUAAGCUUGCAUUUUAUUGGCCCCUCCUUGUUGUAGUAAUCGACAGGAUGGUUACAUGGGCUUGGAGUACAUAGAUUCAUGGAUUAUAAACAUUAGUUGUAGCUAUUAUGGGGCAGCAUGUGGUUCCAAGAAAGAGUCACACAGCAUAGUUUGAAUCUCUGUUCAUCAAGUUUUGUAAAACGUUUGUACUUUGUACUUCCGUUAACGUAAGCAGUUGCUUAGGAUCUUGCUUUGAGGUUGUAGUAAACCAGUAUGUUUGUAUCGAUAUAAGUUUGUUAGCUAA